AUGAAGGCAUCCGCAAGGUCCGUCAUCCUUGCCAUGCUGGCCAGCACCAGCACGGCGGAGCGUUUUAUUGCCCCCAAUGCCCAGAGCCUGGCGGCUGUUGACGCCCCCCUGGCCGUUUCCAUGGAGGAGAUGAAGAGCGUCAAGAUUGCAGAGCGGGAGCAGGAUAUUGCAAAGGGUGUCUUCGACGAAGGCCGCUACAAACUCCAGCUUGCCUCCCCUUGCUCCAAUGGCAAAGCCGGCGAGUACUCAUGCAAGAGCGUCGAUCUAAAGGGUUUCCUGCGCCACGAGGACCUGGGCAGUCAAACUCGUGCCGGCAAUGAUGUCUGGGGCUGGACGUCUUCCACCGGCAGAGAGUUUGGUAUUGUCGGUCAAACCGACGGAUCUGCCUUUGUCGAGAUUCUAAAGGACGGCAGCCUCGUCAGCUUGGGACGGCUUCCCACGCAGACCGACAGCUCUACCUGGCGCGACAUGAAAGUCAUUGGUGACCACGUCUACAUCGGCUCCGAGGCUCCCAACCACGGCCUUCAGAUCUUUGACCUGACCAAGCUCCUGACGGUCGAUCCCAAGAACCCGCCCACCUUUGACGUCAAGAAAGACUUGGCCGCGCACUUUAACGGCUUCGGCAGCAGCCACAACAUUGUGGCCCACGAAGAGAACAACAUCAUUUACGCCGUUGGCACCGCCCGCAACGGCAAAUGCAAAGCAGGCCUGUGGAUGGUCGACGUGUCUGAUCCCAAGAACCCCAAGGACGUUGGGUGUGCCGGUGACGACGGCUACGUUCACGACGCGCAGUGCGUGACGUACAACGGCCCAGACACGGCACACAAGGGCAAGGAGAUUUGCUUUGGCUACAACGAAGACACCCUCACCAUCUACGAUCUUUCCGUCCGCUCGUCUCCCAAGAUUCUGUCCCGCACCCCCUACCAGGGCGCCACGUACACUCAUCAGGGGUGGACGACGGGCCCUGACCACCGGUACCUGCUGCUCGACGACGAGCUCGACGAGCAGAGGCAAAACGGCGCCGCCGCCGACGGCCGCACCACCACGUACAUUGUUGAUGCCGCCGACUUGUCCAAGCCCGUCUUUACCGGCUACUACAAGAGUCCCGCCAAGGCCAUCGACCACAACCAGUACGUCAUCGACGGGCUGUCUUACAUGUCCAACUACGCAUCCGGCCUGCGUGUCGUCAACGUCACCUCUGUUGCCCAGGACAACACCGGCGCCGGCUUCGAGGAGGUCGCCUUCUUCGACGUGCGCCCCGAGGAUGACGCCGUGGGUGGCGAGACAGUCUUCAAGGGUGCCUGGUCCGUCUACCCUUACUUCCAGAGCGGCCAUAUUCUUGUCAAUAGCAUUGAGCGAGGCAUCUUUUCUGUCAAGCUCACCCUGUAA